UGGAACAUUUGUAAUUGACUUAAAUGCGCCCUUCGACUUUUUUACGGUACAGUUUCACUUGGUAUUACGGUAACGUGAGGUAGGCGUGCUUUGCGUCGGAAUGUACCAUUUUCGCCAAGACACCGGGAAGGAUUCUGUUGUGACAGCGUAAUAACAACCCGGCGGGGGUAGACGGUCAUAAAAUAAGUGUUUUCAUCUUGGAUCAACAAUGGCCUUCAGCAAAGGAUAUCGCAUUUACCACAAACUGGACCCACCCCCCUACAGUGUUAUAGUGGAAACUAGAGGCAAAGAAGAAUGCCUCAUGUUCGAAUCGGGGGCCGUUGCUGUUCUUUCUGCAGCAGAGAAGGAUGCCAUUAAAAACACAUACGCCAAGAUUGUUGAUGCCUAUGGCAUCCUGGGCGUCCUCCGCCUAAACCUGGGUGACUCCAUGCUCCACAGUCUGGUGGUUGUGACAGGAUGCAGCUCUGUGGGGAAGGUGCAGGAUUCUGAGGUUUUCAGGGUCACACAGACAGACUUUAUAUCGCUGAAGAAUGAUCCAGCGGAUGAGGACCGGAUUGCUGAAGUGCGAAAGGUCCUGAACUCAGGACACUUCUACUUUGCCUGGUCUGCCUCCGGAGUUAGCAUGGACCUGAGUCUAAGUGCACAUCGCAGGAUCCUAGAGGACACAACAGAUAACCGCUUCUUUUGGAACCAAUCUCUGCACCUGCACCUGAAACACUACGGAGUAAACUGCGACGACUGGCUGUUGAGGCUGAUGUGUGGCGGUGUGGAGAUCAGGACCAUCUACGCGGGGCACAAACAGGCCAAAGCGUGCAUCUUCUCCCGCCUCAGCUCAGAGCGAGCCGGCACCAGAUUCAACGUCCGAGGAGCCAAUGACGACGGACAGGUGGCCAACUUUGUGGAGACAGAACAGGUUAUUUUCCUGGAUGAAAAAGUAUCAUCCUUCAUACAGAUCCGUGGGUCCAUUCCUCUUUUCUGGGAACAGCCAGGAAUUCAGAAAAAGUCCAUAAAGGGUGUUUUGUUGCAACUGAAUGAGAAUCGGCAUCGUAAUGGAAUGGAUGAGAACCCCCACCUGGUCGGCUCUCAUCGUGUCAAACUGUCUAGAGGAUUUGAGGCAAAUGCGCCCGCAUUCGAAAGACACUUCACCACACUGCGAAGGUUGUAUGGUAAACAGGUGAUCAUCAACCUGCUUGGGAGUAAGGAAGGGGAACACAUGCUCAGCAAAGCUUUUCAGAGUCACCUGAAGGCAUCAGAGCAUGCAACAGCGGUGAAAAUGGUGAACUUCGACUACCAUCAAAAUGUGAAGGGGGGAAAGGCCGACAAACUGCACAGUGUCCUGAAACCCUACCUCAGCAAGUUCAUAGAGGAGUGUGGCUUCUUCUACUACUCUGGAGAGACGGGCAUUGCAAGAACUCAAGGUGGGACCCUGAGGACAAACUGCCUGGACUGUCUGGACAGAACCAACAGUGUUCAGGCUUUCUUCGCCCUUGAGAUGCUUCCAAAGCAGCUGGAGGAAAUGGGUCUGACAGAGAAACCCCAGCUGGUGGCCAGGUUCCAGGAGGUUUUUAGAACCAUGUGGUCUGCAAACGGCGACUCCGUCAGUAAGAUCUACGCGGGCACCGGUGCUCUGGAUGGCAAGGCCAAGGUUGGAAAGCUAAAAGAUGGCGCUCGUUCUGUGACGAGGACCAUCCAGAACAACUUCUUCGACAGCUCUAAGCAGGAGGCCAUAGACAUCCUGAGGCUGGGCUCCACACUCAACAGCGAUCUGGCGGACAAAGCUCGAGCCUUGCUCACCACUUCCAGUCUUUAUGUCACUGAGCCCAUCUUGCAAUCAGCCUCUCCAAGAGUACUGCUGGGAAUGUGUCAGAACUACCAUAAAUACACGAAGCCCAAGCAGAUCCGCGUGUGUGUCGGCACCUGGAAUGUUAACGGGGGUAAACAGUUUCGCAGCAUUGCUUUCCGAAACCAGACGCUCAACGACUGGCUGUUGGAUGCUCCAAAGAAAGCAGGCCAUCCUGAUUUCCAGGACAGCAAAGCCAACCCCCCAGAUAUCUUUGCCAUAGGCUUUGAGGAAAUGGUUGAACUGAAUGCUGGAAACAUUGUCAGUGCGAGCACUACAAACCAGAAACUCUGGGCAGCUGAGCUACAAAAAAACUUAUCACGGGACCACAAGUAUGUGUUGCUGGCUUCAGAGCAGCUGGUGGGAGUCUGUCUGUUUGUUUUCAUCCGCCCACAGCACGCACCCUACAUCAGGGAUGUUGCUGUGGAUACUGUAAAAACUGGGAUGGGCGGGGCUACAGGGAAUAAAGGAGGUGUGGCCAUCCGCAUGCUCUUCCACACCACCAGCAUCUGCGUCGUCUGCUCCCACUUUGCUGCUGGCCAGUCACAGGUCAAGGAGAGAAAUGACGACUACAAUGAGAUCACGCGCAGGCUGACUUUCCCCAUGGGUCGUCUGCUGUACUCGCAUGACUACGUUUUCUGGUGCGGAGACUUCAACUAUCGAAUCGGCCUGCCCAAUGAGGAAGUGAAAGAGCUCAUCAAACAGCAGAACUGGGAUGCCUUGACAGCUGGGGAUCAGUUGUUUGACCAGAAAAAUGCUGGUUUGGUUUUCCGUGGUUUUAUCGAGGGCAAGUUAGAUUUUGCUCCCACCUAUAAGUAUGACCUCUUCUCAGAAGACUAUGACACCAGUGAGAAGUGCCGCACACCGGCCUGGACCGACCGCAUUCUCUGGAAGAGGAGGAAGUGGAACUUUGACAAAACAGCUGAGGAGAUGAAUGUAGUAGGAGCCAGUACUCCGUCUGGGGAGAACGAGGACGAUCCGGACAACCCCUGGAACCCUGGGACGCUGAAGUUCUACAACAGGGCUGAACUUAAGACCUCAGACCACAGGCCCGUGGUGUCGAUCAUAGACGUGGACAUCCUGGAGGUGGACCCCGAGGCGCGGCACCAGGUCUACAAAGAGGUCAUCGCCCUGCAGGGGCCCCCAGACGGGACCAUCCUGGUGUCACUCUGCGCCUCCGGCCCCGACGAUUACUUCAGCGAUGAGCUCAUAGACGAGCUGCUGGAUAAGUUUACUAACUUUGGGGACGUCAUCCUCAUCAGGUUUGUGGAGGAGAAGAUGUGGGUGACUUUCCUGGAAGGUUACUCUGCUCUUGCUGCUCUUUCUCUCAGCGCUUCCACUGUAAGUCAUCACUGUGUAACGAUCAACUAUCAAAAAUUUGCUGUGUAUAGUCCCCACGGAAGUGUAUUUACUUCUGUCUACAUCCACACAUUCACAAAAUAAACAAAGACAGGUUUU